ACAAAGGGCAAGUCUGUUUCGCCGUUCCAACCACUGAAGCGCUGAAGAAGAAGAAGAAGAAUCUCAAAAGAUUGCAAAAACGAUGUCGGGAUGGGAUGAAGGCGCGGUGUUUUACAGCGAUCAGGCGCAGUUCCCUGAGGACGCUGCGGGAGGAGCGACGACGGAGGCUACGCGGCGCCACUCGGUCCAGAUCAAGUUCAAGGAGUUCAUCAGAAACUUCGAGAGAGAAAAGAACGUGUUCCCUUACAGAGAAAGCUUGAUCGAAAACCCUAAGUUUUUACUGGUUCACCUUGAGGACCUACUCUCCUUCGAUGCCGACCUCCCCUCUCUUCUACGCUCCUCCCCCGCCGACUACCUUCCUUUGUUUGAGACUGCGGCAGCUGACGUUUUGGCGAGUUUGAAGAUGAAGGUGGAUAUGGAGGAGCCGAAGACAGAGGAGGUGCAGAUUUUGCUUACUUCUAAGGAGGAUUCUAUGUCAAUGCGGUCACUGGGGGCUCAAUGCAUAUCGAAGCUGGUUAAGAUAUCUGGGAUUACUAUUGCUGCUUCCAGGGUUAAGGCGAAGGCAACUUAUGUACAUCUAUCAUGCAAGAAUUGUAAAAGUACAAUUGACAUCCCUUGUCGUCCAGGCCUUGGUGGGGCAAUUGUUCCUCGAUCGUGUGGCCAUGUCCCUCAGGUGGGAGAAGAAGCUUGCCCAAUUGAUCCUUGGAUUGUGGUUCCUGAUAAGAGCCAGUAUGUUGAUCAACAAACCCUGAAACUGCAGGAGAAUCCUGAGGAUGUCCCCACUGGAGAGCUUCCAAGGAACAUGCUUCUCUCAGUUGAUCGCCAUCUUGUGCAAACAAUUGUACCUGGGACGAGAUUGACCAUUAUGGGGAUAUACAGUAUCUUUCAAGCUGCCAAUUCAUCUGCCUCUCAUAAAGGAGCAGUUGCAGUUAGACAACCUUAUAUCAGGGUUGUAGGUAUAGAAGAAACAAAUGAGGCCAGUUCUCGAGGUCCUUCUGCUUUCACGCCAGAGGAGAUAGAAGAAUUCAAAAAAUUUGCUUCACAACCAGAUGCCUACAAAGCAAUAUGCUCUAAAAUUGCUCCCUCCAUAUUUGGGCACGACGACGUGAAGAAAGCUGUGGCUUGCCUUCUGUUUGGAGGAUCAAGAAAGAAUCUGCCAGAUGGUGUGAAGUUAAGAGGUGAUAUCAACGUCCUCCUUUUGGGAGACCCAUCUACUGCUAAAUCACAGUUUCUCAAGUUUGUUGAGAAGACAGCUCCUAUAGCUGUUUAUACUUCUGGGAAAGGUUCAUCAGCUGCUGGUCUUACAGCUUCAGUGAUUCGCGAUAGCAGCUCUCGUGAAUUUUAUCUUGAAGGCGGAGCCAUGGUUUUGGCUGAUGGUGGUGUUGUCUGCAUUGAUGAAUUUGACAAAAUGAGAUCAGAGGAUAGGGUUGCCAUUCAUGAAGCCAUGGAGCAACAGACUAUAUCCAUUGCCAAAGCAGGAAUAACAACUGUUCUCAAUUCAAGAACCUCAGUUCUUGCCGCUGCUAACCCUCCGUCAGGACGUUACGAUGAUCUUAAGACAGCUCAGGAUAAUAUUGAUUUGCAGACAACCAUUCUUUCUAGAUUUGAUUUAAUCUUUAUCGUGAAAGAUGUCAGGAUGUACAGUCAGGACAAGCUUAUUGCUAGCCACAUCAUAAAAGUGCAUGCAUCUGCACAUGCUGUCUCAGGUGACAACAAAGCUUCUAAAGAAGAGAAUUGGUUGAAGAGGUAUAUACAAUAUUGUAGAGUUGAAUGCCACCCUCGUCUAUCGGAAUCUGCAUCAGCAAAGCUUCAGGAUCAGUAUGUCCAAAUAAGAAAGGACAUGAGACGGCAGGCAAAUGAAACUGGUGAGGCUGCUGCAAUACCCAUUACUGUCAGGCAGCUUGAAGCUAUUGUAAGGUUAAGCGAGGCACUUGCUAAAAUGAAACUGUCCCAUGUUGCAACUGAGAAUGAAGUUAAUGAAGCAGUGAGACUUUUUACUGUUUCCACAAUGGACGCAGCGCGGUCUGGAAUACAUCAACAAGUGAAUCUUACAGGCGAGAUGGCGAAUGAGAUAAAGCAAGCUGAAACUCAUAUAAAGAGAAGACUAGGCAUUGGAAACCAAAUAUCAGAGAGAAGAUUGAUCGAUGAUCUCACCAGAAUGGGCAUGAAUGAAUCGAUAGUAAGAAGAGCUCUUAUAAUUAUGCACCAGAGAGAUGAAGUUGAAUACAAACGAGAAAGGCGGGUUAUUUUCCGGAAAGUUUAAUCAAUCCUCUGUAAAAUCCAUCUAAAUAUAUAUUCUCAGUUUAUAGUUAAUAGUUAUUUGUUAUACAUUUCUUUGGUUUGAGGAUGAAAAAUGUAUCGGAUUCUUUUAUUUUAGUUGGUUGUGUUUGUUGUACAUGAUUAUUUUUAGGACAUAAACGCAUGAAUUACUUUACAUGAAUAAUUAUGGGUGGAUUUGGAGUGAACAAGGGCCAAUUUGAGCUCAAUCGAAUCAAUAGUAUCCGAUUCAAAUUUGAGUUUAAA